ACGGCACGAACACGACCACUCUAUCGGUCGGCGCAGUUGUGGAUUUGACAUCUACAUCCGUUUAACUCAAUUCCCAACUCCAAUUUCGGAUACAGGAAGGAUAGGUCUCAUUUUCAAGGCAAGAGAGGUUUUGCACCAGUACUGACACUCAGCAGAAGUUGCACGAGCACAAGCUAGCAUGAGCACCACUGACAAAUCAAGGGAUUCCUAUCUCACUUCCUCCGAGAGUUACGGUCAAUCUCCAUCUCGCAAGCAAACCCAAUGGGAAAAGUUGACAGAAGAGUAUAUCAAACAACCAAUACUUAGCUUUGUCAUUGCGAUUGCGCUGGUAUCGGCACGCAACCCCAAAACCACAGUUGCUCUGACCAUCUUUGUGUCGAUCACCGUUCUCAUCGCUGGCAUCUUUACCAACUUCAAACUUGUCGCCGAUGGACCAGAACUUUGGGCUCCAUCAGGGACAAGAACAUGGGAGCACUGGGACUGGCUCAACAAUGAAGCUGGCUUCCCGGAAACUGCCGGUGGCUACGUGAAUUUCUUAAUCCAUAGCCAUGGAAACAAUGUCCUCACGGUAGAAGGGGCUGGUUGUUUGUUUGCCGUCGUCGAUACCCUAAGAAGCGUGGAUGGUUAUGCUGACGCCUGCUACGAAGCUUGGGGAGAAAGCGAAUGUCCCAUGAUCUCCCCCAGUGCUCUCUUUGAUAACAAUCGCACCGACUUCCUUCGAGUUGCCACAAGCGAUGAAAUGGUCCAAAAAGCCAUGUCUCAAAUGUUUUUCUCCAGUGGCGAGCCAAUAUUGAGGGAAAGGAUCUUUGGAUAUCCAGAACCUCCUCUCCCGAAGGAUUUAGGUCAAAACGGUACAGUUUCAAACGAAAUCCUCAUGACUUCAGCCGCUUCCUACCUUGGAAUGAUUCCAUUAUAUGAGGGGGACAAAUACUUAUUUGAGUACAAUGCAGUACGCGCGCUCUACGCUCUGCAGGAUAAGUGGGACCAGAAAGGAUUGGAUUGCAAACUAGAAGCUACAAGUCUUCGCUCUGUUGAGGACGAGAACAUGCGUGGUGUGGAAAAGGACACCCCCACGAUGGCCGCUGCAUUUGUCAUCAUGGCAGGCCUCUGCGCCGUCUACCUCGGCAAAUACAGUGAUCUGGUUCAAAGUCGCGCCCUCCUGGGAGUGGGGGCCAUCGUGACAGUCGUCCUUUCCCUCAUGACCAGCUAUGGAUUCAUGUUCAUCAUUGGUGUCCCGUUCACGUCGAUCGCCCAGGCAUUCUUUUAUGUCAUGCUUGGCAUUGGUCUGGACGACACCUUCAUCAUUACGGGAGCCCUGGAUAACAAAAAGAAGAUCGAGGAACGGAUACAGUGCUGCAUGGAGGAAGUUGGUGUCAGUAUUGUGGUUUCCACUCUUACAACUGUGGUGGCGUUCUUGUUGGGGUGCGUGGCGUCAACACCCUUCAUUCGGUGGUUUUGCAUGUACGCAGCUCCAACGGUCGCGAUCGACUUUGUCUACCAGAUUUCUUUCUUCGUAGCUUUGGUGGCGCUGGAUGAUCAAAGGGUACAGGACAAUCGCUAUGACUGCUUGGUGUGUAUCCACUCAAAGAAAGUACCGACUGAAGAGGAGGAAGAUGAUGAUGAUGACGCUGCCAGCCGCUCCUGCGCUUCGAAGAUUAUGGCUGUAUAUUGCGAUAUACUUCUGAUUCCUCAGGUGAAAGCUCUCGUGCUGGCAGUGUUUGCGUUGAUGUUGGGCCUCGGUAUCUACGGAGCGACACAACAAGAGCAGAAACUGGACUUUCGAGACAUGAUGCCAUCUGAUUCUUAUGUGAGGACGUACUACAGCACAUUGCAUGAGUAUGCCUCGGAAUAUAGCUAUGGUGUCUUGUUUCUCCACGCCCAAGUGUACUUUCGCGACGUGGAUGUGUCGUCGCCUGAGAUUCAACGACAAAUGAUCGAUUACAUCGACGACCUUGUUGAUAUGCCCUACAUGUCGAAGGGCCCUGAUUACUUCUGGUUGAAGCACUUCUUGCUCUUUAAAGAGCUAGCCUUGAAGGAAACGGAUGUCAUCGAAGCGAUGCCCUUCAACGAUCAAUUGGAUCUGUUCCUUAAAACGUCUCCCUUCGACCUCUUGUACAAGGACGAUAUUGUUCGGAGUGAGGAUGGAACCGUUACUGCGUCCCGUUGUCGCGUUAUACUUGAUCACACCAGUAAUUACGACAUAGACACGCAGAUCGACACAUACCAGCUACAACAACAGGUGGCGCUCUCACAGCCAGUCAACCAAGUAAAAGACGAAUGGGCCUUCUUCCUCUUUACCCCUUACUUUUUCGGCUGGGAACUGCACUUGGUGAUGAUGGAGGAGCUGCUGACUUCGUUGGUCCUGGGGCUGAUAAGCGUAAUGAUCAUAUCCGCACUGUUCAUCCCGCAUCCCUUUGGGCCACUGAUUAUGCCAACUAUUGUCGGCGCUGUUUAUGUGGAGCUCAUGGCGUUUCUAAGACUCGCGGGACUCUACCUAAACAUUGUGUCCGCCAUUGGACUGCUGAUGAGCAUCGGCCUGGUCGUCGACUACAACAUGCAUGUCGCUCUGACAUACUAUGAUACAAAGAACGCAAAAAGCCGAGACGAGAGGGUUCGAAAAGUUCUGACAACAAUGGGAGCCUCGAUCUUCAUCGCUGGACUGACAACAAUGGCAAGCGCCCUGCCGCUCGGCCUUUCGAAUUCUUUGAGUUUUCAAACUUUCUUUUAUAACUUCCUGGGCAUUUCCAUGCUGGGGGUUGCUCAUGGGCUGAUCCUGCUUCCCGUCGUUUUGUCCCUAUGUGGGCCCAUGGAUAACUUGCCAAGCAAGAACGAAGGGUCCAAGCCUUCCUCUUCCACCAUGACUCAAGAAGAAAGCGGCCGCGAAGAAACCGAUCAUACGGCGGAAGAUUCGACCAAAGAGGCAGCAUUUUCAGAGCCAACAUUUUCCAACUUCCUGUUGGCAGACGAUGAAAUAAGCGAUGAAAUAAGCGUAUAGCAAAAGUGAGAGACAAAAUACUCGUUUUCCUCUGGACGCCUCGAGAAACUGAGACUCCUGAACUCACGCUAGCGGCGCGGGACCUCAAAUCAACCGAAACCAGCUAGCUAGCUUACAGAACGCUAGGAUUGAAUGUUUCUCUCUAAUCUUCUUUGAACAAUGCCAUGUUUGAGCAGCUCAGGUAAAGUUUGUCAAACAGGUCGAAGAAUUCCUCUUUGGUCACAUAAAAGAUCCCAUCAUCGGCGACAACUGGCUUCAACAACUUUCGGAUUUCGGGAAACAACUUCCAGCCUGGACCAUCAUCACCAAAGUCUCCGUUUUGAAUUUCUUUGGAACAGAAGUUGUUGUGAGACAGGGGAGUACUGGUACAUAUCCUCUUGGAAGUAAAGAUGGCAUUCUAACUUACCUCCUGCCCCCCACGGAUUUCGAAUCUUGAGCAAAUCGAUUCCAGUCUCCGCCGCGUUGGGAAAACAAGCAAGCACGGAAUAGGCAUGGUCAGCAAGGAUGCCAUUAGCCUCGGCCUCCAACAGCUCCUCGCAUUCCCUUGCACCAGCGCCAAUCAUGUAGUUGUGCCCGUACCAAGCACACAUUUUACUGAACAUUUCAUCUUCAUCAAUCCCCUGGUACAUGCUCCCGCCACCACCAAUGUAAGGCCAUGAAACGGGCCAAUUGCCUACGAUUUUUGCCUUUUGUGGUGAAUUGAAUUGCUUUUUGCACUCUUUUGUGGCGUGGUUGUACUUGCCGUAGCAUCUGAAGUUGUCGGUCUUUGGGUCCCUCAUGAACGAAUACUGCCUCUUACAUCCCGUCAUGAUGGCCCAGGCAUGAGUACACGCGCCACCAGUAAUUUCAUCCCAACCUCCACAAUGAAUCGCAAAUGCUUUUUCCAAGUAGGGGACCCAGAGCUCGCCAUCGACUGAAGGUUGUGCUCCCAGCAAGUGGCCAGGAUACUUUUUACUUUGGGAUAGGGAUUCUGCAGCAAGACGAAUGGAAUCAAUGCCGUUCUGGUGAGAGUCGGGGUGGGGUGUCGCCAGGAUUCGGAGGUCUCGAAGUCACUACGUACCGUCAAUGACAUAGUCCACCUCUUCCCAGGUUUCCAGAUCAAAGAGAGUGAUCGUGUAUUUGUUCACUCGACCAUCAUCAAAAGGCAUUAAAUCUAGGGCAUGGGUUUUGCGGAAAAGCUUCUUGAUGCCCCCAUCAAAUUCCGCGAGGGAGGAAAUAGCACAUAGCAACCAACAGUCUCCCACCUCUCCUUGCUCAAUAUCCGACGGGUCAAUGUCACCAAUAACCUAGUAUGAAACAAUAGUAACACG